AUGUCAAUAGAACAAGAUCCAUAUUCAUUAAUAAAAUAUAUUAAUGUAAUCAAUACAAACAAUGAUGGUUAUGGAGAGCCAACAAUACAUGCUUUUGUUGAAAUGAGAUUAUUAAAAAUGAACGAUAAGCUUCAUUGUGAAAUCAAUGGAAGAUUCUAUGAAUGUUAUAUAAAUAAAGAUGAAAAAGAUCAAUACAUUUUGUGCUAUCAAAAUAGAAUACAAGAUACAAAUGUUGCGAAAUUUAUUGUAAAAUUAUCUAAAUUAAUCAAAAUUAAAAUACAAUAUAUGAGAGAUCCAUUUCAACGUAUACAACUUAUUAAUGAUGAUCGAACAUUACGGAAGUUAUGUUAUAAUUUGAAUAGCAUGUUUGAAAAUCGAUUAACAGAUAUUCUUAUUAACAGUGAAUUUGGCAUAUGGAGAAUUGAAACAACAUAUGAUUUUAAUAAAGAAAAAAUAAAAACAUUUAUAUGUGCAUCAAAUAUGACUUAUAAUGAUAUAUUACAAAAAAUCAAUAAUGAUAAAGAUAUGAAUAAUACUGAUAUUGAUAACGAUAGAUAUAAAGAAAAACAACAAUUAUAUAGUUUAUUAAGACAUGAUGCUAUUAAAAUUAAUUAUGAACCAAUGAAUGAUAAAGAUAUUUUCAAAUUAGAUAAAGGUGGUAAUGAUAUAUCUUAUGGUUCAGGAAUUGAUAAAGAUGAAAUAGUUGUACAAGGUACCAUUUCAUUGUUUGUAAAAAAUAUGGAUAAUAAUCAUCAUUAUGCACUUACAGCUAUGCAUGUUAUAAAAGAUUUAGAUAUAAAUUUAGUUCAAGUGAAACAUAAUAGUGAUUCAUUUAAAAAUUUAUCUAUUGAUUUGGACAAUAUUAUUGAAUUGAAUUGUGAUGCUGUAUUAUUUAAAAUAAAAGGAAGUCCAUAUUGUAAAAUUGCAAAUUUAGAUUGUACAGCAUUAUCUAGUCAUGUUUAUAAGAAAGUUUUAACUUCAUCUGAAUCGUCAUCAGAAUCAUCAUUUGAAUCACCAAAUGUAUCUUUAUUAUUGGAUGAUUCGGACAGUGAAGAAUUUAAACAAAUAUUAGAUAAAAAGUCACGAAAUCCCUUAAACGUUACUAUUUUAUCAUUACAAUCAUUAUUAAGUAGAAAUGAACCAACCCAGGUCCAAUAA